CAACAUAACCUGUAAUGUAAACUAAAAACCAUCUAUCUUCGGCUGGCUGUUUUUGGAGUCAUCACAAUUUUUAUAGUAAUGGAUUAUCAGUUAUUAAUUUUAUGUUUCUUUUUAAAAAUUCAUCUAUAUCCAUGAAUAAGAAUGGAAACUAACAGGAAAAAUAGGAUAUGAGUGUUAUAGUAGUAUACUUUUCCAAAACAAAACGAAUAUGUCGGGAAUUAGUCCAGUGUCACCACAAGUUUUCAAAGCUUUGGUUACUGUAAAUAUUACCGAACUUUCAUCUUUUGAGCAAAAAGACUUGAGGCCAAUCCUACCAUGCCUUGUUCGUAUGAGCUUAAUUUCUCCUGUUGAUACAACCAAAAAAUGUGUUGAGAAUAAGAAAGAAAUUUUGACAUUACUUUCGGGGAUAGACUUAGUGAAUGCUAUCGUUGCACUUUUAUCAAUUGAUUUUCAUGCCCUUGAAGUUGACGUAAAAAGAGAGCAACAAUUGAGACAAAAAUUCGGAAGCGCUCAUACCGAUAGUUUUUUGAUACAAUCUCUGCAAAGUGGACUUGCUUUGGAAUUUGAGCGCAGUGACUCAACCAGAAGGCUAAGACUUGUCUUAUCAGAACUGCUCUUUGUACAAGCUCAGGUGCAGAAAGGCGCGGUAUCGGAGUCUUAUGUGAAACAGUCGGAUCUAUUCGACAAUGCGGUGUACAUAGCAGAAAUAUGUGAUGUGAUCAGCAUAGCAAUCGCAGAGCUGCCGGCCCUUCUCUCCAUCCAAGACAUUGCCGAAACCUUGCUUCACGUCAAUCAUGGCCCGGACAUCAUAUGCUGUAUUGUUGCAAAUCUACCCGACUCUUUCUCUGAAGUGUGCACCAGUCUGAUCGCGAAUGCCGAAAGGCAGGACGAGGAAAAUGGGGGAAGUCGUAUUCGAAUGCAAGCACUGACCAUGCUCUGUCAAAUGUAUCCAGCUCAGACACUGGCAGUGCGCGCCAAAUGUGUGGAGAUGUGUCGUAUGCCUGCUCUGACGAUCACACUGAGUCUGGAGCAUGCGCACAGGAACCGUUACGAACAGGGAGUGAACGACAUUGUCGCCUUUGUGUCUGGACUGCUACUCGGCAACGACCCACAAGUCCGCAACUAUUUCGCCAGUUUUGUUCGAAACAGGCAAAAGCGUAAUAGAGAAAGUAGUAGCACAGUUUUGCAACAUUUGAGAGAAGAACUUCUGUACCAUCUGCAGGGAGCUGUUGUGUUCUCUGUCGAGAACAGACUGCCAGCCUCGUCUGUCGUUCAAGCGUCAUCUCUGCUUCGGCUCUACUGUGCUCUGAGAGGCAUUGCUGGAAUCAAGUUCCAAGAAGAGGAGGUCUCCCUGAUAGUGCAGUUGCUGACGUCACAGCCACCACCCUCGCCGGCCGGGGUUCGCUUUGUGUCGAUUGGUCUGUGCAUGCUCAUCGCGUGUCCCUCGCUCAUCACACUCAACGAGCACGAGACCAAGUGCAUCAAUUGGGUCAAGUGGCUUGUGCAGGAGGAAGCCUACUUCGAAAGUGCCAGUGGAGUGUCGGCCUCAUUCGGGGAAAUGCUUCUUCUGAUGGCCAUUCAUUUCCACAGCAACCAGCUGAGUGCAAUCUGCGAGCUAGUCUGCUCCACCAUUGGAAUGAAGGUGGCCAUACGCCACAACAACAUGACACGAAUGAAACAGAUUUUCACUCAAGAAAUUUUCACUGAACAGGUUGUAACGUCGCAUGCAGUGAAAGUUCCAGUCACUGCGAAUCUUAGCGCAAAUAUUACUGGGUUUUUACCUGUUCAUUGUAUUCAUCAGCUUCUCAAGAGUCGAGCGUUCACAAAGCAUAAAGUGCCUAUCAAGGAUUGGAUCUACAGACAAAUUUGUUCGAGUGAUGCACCGUUGCACCCAGUUCUACCUGCACUGGUUGAGGUGUAUGUUAAUUCGAUACUUGUACCAGGUUCCAAGUCCCCCUCAGAAAACACCAAUCAGCCGAUUGACGAAGAAGAAAUACGCAGGAUAUUCCGAAACUCACUCACACACCAAAAAAACUCAGCCAACUUGAGUAAUAGGCUAAGUCCAAAACAAUCGUCGAGCUCGCUAACAGCACAACUGCUGCUGCUGUAUUAUGUGCUGCACUAUGAGGAUGUCAGGUUGGCCAACAUGACAGGGUAUAUAAAGGCCGGCCGAGACAAGAUCAAAAGCUAUUCGACUGAGUUUCUGUCGGAACUGCCUAUCAAGUACCUGCUUCAGCAGGCUGAGAAGGAUCAGCACAGCUAUUCGGGUAUAUUUCCUCAACUUCUGCGUUUGUUAGCAACACACUUUCCUCAUUUGGCACUCGUCAACGACUGGAUGAUAGAAGACAUCAUAUUAAGUACAAAGCAGACUGAGUCCAGUGACCUUAGUGAAGUUGAAAUUGAGGAAGGGUUGAGUGUGAUGUCUUCAUCCCCUCUGCACACUGAGAGGCUGCUGAAGAAAAUGCUGUCUCUCCCUGCCACAGAACUUUGGCCUUUUGCUCCGCUGUUCAUCAAGCACUUCAAUAAAACGUUGGAGCCGUCUGUUCCUCGGCAUAUACAAGAACUGUACAGACUGACAUGGCUGAAACUGAACACAGUGUUGCCACGUUGCCUGUGGGUGAUGACCAUCAACGCUCUGCGUCACAACCAGUCGGCGUUGCCAGAUCUCACGCAGGAAAAUGUGGUGCUUGAUCCAUUGCAAGUAGUCCGCUGUGAUAACAGGGUAUUCAGAUGCCCGACCGCGCUGGCAGUCCUACUCCGCGUGUUAGCCGCCUGCCUGCAGGCAUCACGCAGCCAGCUGAGUCGCCACUUGCUGGACCAGCCGCUAGUCACGGCCGCAGCCGCAAACGCGGCCAUAGGCGGCAAGGGUCAACUGAGUAGCGACGCGGAACGCGAAGAACUGAAGGCGGCGCUGAUCGCCACCCAGGAGAGUGUCGCCGCUCAGAUUCUGCUCGAAGCCUGUAUGGAGACCGAAAGCGAUAGGAAAACUCCGGGUCAGAUGUGGGCUUUACGUGAAGUUCGGAGUAUUAUCUGUUCACAUUUACAUCAAGUCUAUAUAGCGGAUCCAUCUUUAGCGAAACUCAUCCAUUUUCAGAACUACCCGCGAGAACUGCUAUCGGUCGCAGUGCCGGGCAUACCGUCAAUGCACAUCUGCCUGGACUUCAUCCCGGAACUGCUGAGUCAGCCGAAUCUGGAGAAGCAGAUCUUUGCCGUGGAUCUAGCCGCUCACCUGUCGCUGCAGUACGCGCUGCCCAAGUCGAUGAGUGUCGCGCGACUCUGUGUCAGCACACUCACAACACUCCUUUCAGUUCUGUCGAGCACCAACCGCGCAGAGCUGUUCUCGGCGACACUGCAGUCGCUGGUGUGCGUUUGCGUCGCGUUUCCGCCGCUGGUCGACGACGUUUUGGCGCUACUCAUGCAGCUGGGUCGCAUCACAAUCGCCGAGGCAUCGCGAGGCAACACGGUCAGCUUCUCCUUCCGCGAGCCGGGAUCCGAGCAACAUCUCCUCAGUCAAAUACAAACUGCCUUUGAACAGAUACUUCUCAAUGCUGUUCUUAAAGUCAAAAUCUACUAGUUGAUGAUGUACAUUCUUUCAAUCGAUUAGAUUCAAGACUAUGACCAGAAUCUUCUAAAUGCUGGAAUACAAUAGAUUGGAUUGAGGAUUCCGAGCAGCAUCUCCUAUCAGCAGUAUACAAACUGCUUUUGAGAAAAUACUGCUCAACGCUGUUCAAAGUCAAAAUGUACUAUAGUUGAUGAUAUGCGCUCUCUCAAUACUAUUUGAAAUUCAAUCUAGUAAAUUGAGGACUGUGAUCUAAUACUUAUCAAUGCUGUUCUCAAAUUCAAAAUCUACUAGUUGAAAUAGAAUCGAUUAGACUGAGGACUGUGAUCUCGUUCUUCUGAACGCUGUUCUAAAUCUACUAUAGUUGAUGAGAUGCAUUCUUUCAAAUCUAGUUGAAAUUUAAUCUAGUAGAUUGGGACUGUGAUCUAAUACUUAUCAAUGCUGUUCUCGAAUUCAAAAUCUACUGGUUGGAAUACAAUCGAUUAUUCUGAGGACUGUGACCUCUUUCUUCUGAAAGCUGUUCUCAAAGUGAAAAUCAACUAGUUGAUGAUAUGCGUUCUUUCAAUACUAGUUGAAAUUUAAUCUAGUAGAUUGGGACUGUGAUCUAAUACUUAUCAAUGCUGUUCUCGAAUUCAAAAUCUACUGGUUGGAAUACUAUCGAUUAGACUGAUGACUGUAACCUCGUUCUUCUGAACGCUGUUCUCAAAUUGAGAAUCUACUGAAGCUGUAUACAUUUUUCAAUUUUAAUUCUUCUUGUAUGUUUGCAAUUUCCCAUCUGUUGUAAGUAUAGGUUUUUACUUAUAGAGUAAUAAAUUAUCGUUUCACUGAU